AUGAGCGGCGGCGGCGGCCGGAGCACAGUGGCGCCGGCACGGUGGGCGACGCGGCUGUUGGCGGUCCUGGGCUCUAUCCUGGCCGCGGAAGCCCAGCUCACAGGUGUCCUGGAUGAUUGUUUGUGUGACAUAGAAAGCAUUGAUGACUUCAACACUUUCAAGAUCUUCCCCAAAAUACAGAAACUACAAGAACGUGAUUACUUCAGAUAUUACAAGGUGAAUCUAAAGAGACCAUGCCCAUUCUGGGCUGAUGAUGGCCAUUGUUCUAUCAAAGACUGUCAUGUCGAGCCUUGUCCUGAGAGCAAAAUACCUGUUGGAAUUAAAGCUGGGAGCUCUAAUAAAUAUUCAAAAGCUGCAAAUAAUUCCAAAGAAUUGGAAGACUGUGAGCAAGCUAACAAACUGGGAGCAGUCAACAGUACCUUAAGUAACCAAAGUAAGGAGGCUUUCAUUGACUGGGCAAGAUACGAUGAUUCACAGGAUCAUUUUUGUGAACUCGAUGAUGAGAGAUCUCCAGAUGCGCAGUACGUGGAUUUGCUGCUGAAUCCAGAGCGUUACACAGGAUACAAAGGGCCCUCUGCUUGGAGAGUGUGGAACAGCAUCUAUGAAGAAAACUGUUUCAAGCCUCGAUCUGUCUAUCGUCCUUUAAAUCCACUGGCACCUAGUAGGGGAGGAGAUGAUGGAGAAUCUUUCUACACAUGGCUGGAAGGUCUUUGCCUUGAGAAAAGGGUGUUUUAUAAACUUAUUUCUGGACUUCAUGCUAGCAUUAAUUUACACCUGUGUGCCAAUUAUCUUCUUGAAGAAACCUGGGGGAAACCUCGCUGGGGACCAAAUGUGAAAGAGUUCACUCGUCGUUUUGAUCCCAUUGAAACGAAGGGAGAAGGACCGAGAAGGCUGAAAAACUUGUAUUUCCUUUAUUUGAUAGAGCUGCGGGCUUUGUCAAAGGUUGCACCAUACUUUGAGCGUUCCGUUGUGGACCUUUACACUGGAAAUGGCCAUGAGGAUGCUGAAUCUAAAGCUCUCUUACUAGAAAUCUUCAGGGAUACAAAGUCCUUCCAUAUGCACUUUGAUGAGAAGUCCAUGUUUGCCGGAGAUAAAAAAGGAGCCAAGUCAUUGAAGGAAGAAUUCAGAUUGCAUUUCAAAAACAUAUCCCGCAUAAUGGAUUGUGUUGGAUGUGAUAAAUGCAGGCUGUGGGGCAAACUGCAGACGCAAGGCUUAGGAACUGCUCUGAAGAUUUUAUUUUCUGAGAAAGAAAUACAGAACCUUCCUGAGAAUAGCCCAUCAAAAGGUUUUCAACUAACACGUCAAGAAAUAGUUGCUCUAGUAAAUGCCUUUGGAAGGCUUUCCACAAGUAUAAAAGAGCUGCAGAAUUUUAAAGUUUUACUACAACAAACAAGGUAAUGAAGGCCUUUGUGCAGCCUCUUAGUGAAGACCAUUUACGUGACUGCAUUGAGCAGAAGGAACUGAUCCUUACAGGACUCUCAUGAACUGAUUAAAAAGUAAAAUCAAAUACCAACUUGAAUAUUUAUGUUUAAACCACGAAUGGUUAUUAAUUAGAAAAGAUAUUUAUGAAUGAAGUAUAUAGUUUUUAAAUGUGUAAAUUAUGCUGAUCUGUUUUAUCUUAAGUUCUCUGCUCACAGUUCUAUCAUACUGAUACAACAUAAGUUUUCUUCAUCUUCUUGUCUUUCUGAGAAAGUUGUUUUAUAUGAAAACAUAUGUACCUCAAUCCUGACUUGGCUUGUCCUGCAAGAGAUGGUUCACCCCUCACCUCACCCAAGUGCUGAGCAUCAGUAUGUUCUGAGGACUGGGUAUGCCAAUUCUAGCUGUCUAGAAGUAAACCAGAAAAAUAAGGCUCUUGGUGAGGCCUGUUUUCUUACAUUAAUAUGAAACUUAAUUUUACCAAGCAGAAAACUUUACUUUGUACCAAUUCCUUUACAUCAUGCUGAUAUCAAAGUUUUUUUUUUUUUUUUUCCCCUUAUAUGCUGCUUUUCAGAAGUUCUUACUUCCUUUAAAAUAACCACCUUCUCUUUUACACAGUACAGUUGUGACUCUUCUGCAGCCCUUUGGCAGCCUGCAUUUGCUUCAGGGAUCAGGGCUAGGGAAUGGGGAGAAGAGAGUUAGUGGAGCAGUGCUAGCUGGGAAGUUUUUUCAAUCAAAUUUGUGUCUAGCCCAUUUUAUUUUCUGGUUUGUUCCAGUUCAGUUUCCAAGGUUGUCCUUUUUAAUGUGUAAGAUACUGAAACAGCACAUUUUGCUCUCUGAGCACAGAUAAUGGAUUUGCUUGUAAUGGGUUAUAUUUUAAUGAUGUUAGGAGAUCAAAAAGGAGGAACUUGUUUUUUAUAGUCACUUUAAGAAAAAAAAAUGCUUUUUAGAAUUCGUAAUCACACUGGCAUUAAUACUGCAUACUGUACCUAUGCAAUCCCUAACUGUACCUUCUUUAAAGGAUAUUCAGCAUAAUAAAACGGGUAUGUUAAUAAUGUGAGUUUCAUAAAAUAAGAAAUUACUUGUGUAUCAUUGUCCACAGAUGUCAAUGGCAAUUUAUCAUUGUCCAAAACAGAAUUCAGAACAGCACUACUGACUAUUAGCAACCAAACGUUUAAAUUUAAAAUGAAUUUUUUAAAACCAUUGUGUUAAAGAAUGAAGUUAGGAAUUCUGAAUGUAGGAAGUGCUGGUAUUGUGUCGAUAAAUCUCUUCUUUUGAAUCCUCUUAAAACAAAGUGCUCUUAAACAUUUUUCACCCUACGGGAUAUUUAGUGACCUGUUGAUAUUACUUAAUGUAGUGAUACUGGCUUUUGUAACAUAAUCCUUCACAGAAGAAAUAUUCCUGAAAGCUGGAAUAUGCUCUGUCUUUGUUUCCAGACUAGACUCUAACUUGUGUCAUCUGGAAAUGUUGGAAAUCUGUUGACAUUCCUUGUUAGGGAAGUAUUGCUUCCUGAGAAACAAAACCCUUUUGAGUCAAACUGGGGUAAGCUAAGUGAAAUAAUUUAAAAAAUAAAAAAGUUGGUGAUAGUUGCACAAAUUGACAAUUGGUUUCCAGUCCUUAUUUCCUGUUUAAGCCAGUAAAUAAAUUAACGUGGUGUGAGAGAAUGCUAAUGCUAACUCAACAGCCUCUUUUGCUUGUGAGCACCUGUCUGAGCAAGUCACCACAGGCUCCCUUUCUGGUUAAUGGAGGAGAGCAGGUGAUGUCAAGGUGGACUCACCUGGCCUUUUCCAAGGUUGGUUUGACAUACUCUGGGAUUCAAUAACUUGCACCUCAGAGUUUGCUUUCUCCAUUAACUUGAACAUUCAGAUAACCAUCUCAAAUGUGUAUAGCUGUGUUUGAUCAAGUAAGUUAUAUGCUGAGUAUUCAAGUCUUUUUAUUGUGUAUGUUGGGUUUUUUUUUUCAGUUGGUCGUUAAUUCCUCCCAUUUUGGAUUGACCAGCAAGGGCUGGAAACCUGUAGGUUCACUCAAGUGAAAAAUCUUGUAUAGCUAAGAUUAAACUGCUGUUAUAUAUUGCAGUGUCUAAAGAACCUUAGGUGGGAUUAUCUGAUGGAAAAACAAACUGUUGUCUGUGUUGCCCCAAGGUUGUUUCUUCCUUUUUUUCCCCUACUUUGCUUUUUGGGGAAAGAGAAUUGCUUCCAACCUUCUAAGAAUUCAACUUCUUGUUUUUGUUCUUCCAUCUGUGCCUGGCCAAAAUCAGUGGACACUGAAGCAGCACCAGUCUGGCAUCAUGUAAUUCCUUAUGGGACAGGUGAGAGAUUCAGACGUACCGAUCUUGCAUACCUGCUCCUUAAGCUGUCUUAUAACUCUGAUGUAUCCCAGAGUAAUUUGUUACUGUGGUUAUAGUCACCUAUAAUUCCAUUUUCUGUAUGUAUGUAUACUGCAGUGUAAGGAUUGAGCUUGUUGGUACAAUCCAGGCAGGGUCCUUAGGGUAGGGACAUAAAGAUGUCUUUUUUUCUUUUGUGUCAUGAGAACAUGAGUGCAGCUGAACAAGGUAAUUCUAUGUAUAGGGAGAUUUGGUUGCAUUUGAAGGUUUAAUGCAGCUGAAACCAUUUUCCUGUCAUCUAUCUUUUUUUACCGUAUUUGAUGUCAGGUCUUUCACUAUGCUGCCUAUGAGGUUUUGCUCUGUGAGUUGGAUGACAAAGUUCUUUAUACGUGAACUUAAAUUUUAGAAAUUUACAGAUCUGUUUUUAUACAAAAAAAACAAGGUUAGAUACGCUAUCCACGAGCUGUGAACUAUUUGAAAUUCUAGCUCCUUUUUGGAGAUCAGCUUGUCAACGUUGUCUGCCAUUCAUUUCAGAUUAAAAUUACAUUUCCCUGUACAAAUGACAAAAUGAUUGUAAUCAUGUAGGUAGCAAGAAGACAAAGUCAUGAAGACUUAAGCAAAAUGUUAAAAGACUCAAUGCAAACAACAUAGCUAAAAUGUUUGUCGCUGAACAAACUUGCUCCUAAGUGCCAGAGGAAGAAGGUGAGAAUACAGAGUUUGAAAAGUAAAAUAUACAGGCUUAAGCUGGAAUAAUGUUCUCCUACUUCAGCCGGUGAUUUGUUAUGUCAUUGUAUAUGCAUGAAAUACUGUGCCACACUUUGAGUUGUGUUUUGAUGAUUGGUCUUUAUCUGACCUUGCUCUGUGCUUUUCUGGGAAAUGAUCUGUAUUAUGUUGUAAAUAAUCUAGAUGCUUAUGUUUAUAAAUUAGCAAUCGGCAACUCAUCACUUUACAAUCUCUCCAUUUAUCUUGCCUAUUAAAAUGUAAUAUUUAUUGAAAUCAAUGUUAGAACUGCUUACUGAGAUCUGAACACUUCUUUGCUACAUUUGAAUCUAUGAGAUACAAAUUAAAGUAUUUUCUGCUAUAA